CGCUGUCUUCAACUUCAUGCCAACUCAUCCUAAUUUGCAUACACGACCGUCUUUUCAACAGCUUGCAUGAAGUCCUAAGCUUGUUGCUGUGAAUACAUGCACGGCAGCCAGUCAACCUAGAAUAUUGAAGCAGUCUGCCCUUCAACUUACGAUCAGAUGUCUAUAUGCUAACUCUCGGAUUUACAAAGUUAGGGUCCUUCUGGGCCGGUUUCAGCAGAAUAUCAGAGACGUUUGGUACUUGGUAUAGCUGCACAAAGGUACAGUAUGUCUAUCAGAAAGCUCUAGAACACCGCAAUGCACCGAUCUUUCCCACUUGGUCUUCAAAGUCUCUAAGUGCUUCUUCUCCGUGGGGUAACGCACUUCGACAAUUCAGCUAUCAACUUACCCCAGCCGAGAUGCACGGCUGCUUAUCCAUGCAUCUUAUUUAAGAACUCCUAGGUAGACUCUUCCGAUGCGCAACUGACACCUUUCCGGAAGGCUUGGUGUUGAGGUCAUCCGACGUUCUGUUUCUUCGAGCUCCGUUGAGACAGUCGACUGGACUGACCAUAUCAUCGGUGCACCAUCAAAGCUUUAGCUAAAGAAUGGCAUAGAGUUGAGUACCUUUCUCGAUAUUAAAUACAAUGAUGUUUGGAGCUGGUUGAGUACGGUUAUGUCCCGGUCCAAUCUCUCCAGUGGUUCUCCUUGACGGUAGAUGUGACACCUCUGAAUUAAUGAAUGCAUACUUAUAUGCUUGUUAUGUCAAGUCACUCCCCUUGAAGCCUCGCCCUGAUCUCUAUAUCUGACACCAUGCAUCUACGAAGCGUUUCAAUCUCAUUUGCUCUUGUAGUCUCUCUUCCAGCUGUCCUGGGUCACGGUCAGGUUCACAAGUUCAUCACAUUGACAAAGAGCUACGCUGCUGCAGAUGCGUAUGGUGCUGCAGACCCAAACAGUCCCAUCGGUAAGCUCAACACAUACGGACCUGCAGCUGAUUUCACCAGCUCUACCAUCACAUGUGGAGAAGGUGGGAAUGUACCUGUUGCGUCUUUGGCUGAGGUUUUAGCUGGAGAGCUUGUCACGUUCAACUGGGGAAGUUGGACAUCAAGUCAUUCUGGACCAGUCAUGACUUACAUUGCAAAGUGUCCUAACGGAUGUGCAAGUUUCAAAGGCGACACAGGCAAUGUCUGGGUCAAAAUCGAUCAGGAUCAAUUUAACCCUUCAAGGACUGGCUUUGAAUGGGGCGAGAACAUCAUCUGUAUGAAAGGGAAUAAGUAUAGCAUCCACAUUCCCAAUAUCGAGCCUGGUGAAUGCCUUCUCCGCCAUGAGAUUCUCGGACUUCACAUCGCAGGUAACCUAAUAGGCGCACAAUUCUAUCCGAAUUGUAUACAAGUCAAGGUCACCGGUAGCAGAACAAAGACUCUUCCUGCUGGUAUCCCUCUUCCCGGUUCCUACGACCCUCAUGACCCCGGGAUCCUUGUUCAACUCUGGCAAAUUACAGCCAUGUCGCUGAAUUACACUGCACCCAGAGGGCCUGUUCUUCUUCCAGGCGGCACAGGUGACUGGGGCGUGGAACAGUACGGCGGUGGUGCUAUUGGUUCGAAGUACCCAAGUCCCACAACUGGUCCCAUCGGCAGCCCUUCAUCGGGUCCAUCUACGACUGUCAUCAGAAACCCGACGACCACUGUACAGCCUGCGCCUCCUAUCACAACUUCAACUGCUCCCACGGCACCGGCCGGUCCUGUGGUUCAGAAGUACAGACAGUGCGGCGGUUUGGCUCACUCCGGAUCCAUAACCUGCACUGAGGGCUCUAUAUGUACUGUUCUCAAUGACUACUAUUCGCAAUGCUUCUAAUUUCUUGUCCGAUCAAAUGUGUAUCAGUAGUUUCCAUUGAUCUACUCAUUCCAUGCCUUCCUGUUCCCUUCAGACGACUAUUCGGCCAUGCGCACGCACUGACAGGAGUCUGAAGACAAACACUCACCGGAAUGCCUUGAGUCUGGGGAAGAUGUUCUAUUCCAUCAACUCGUUAGACAUCUGUAAUGGAUUCAUAAGGAUGGGUCAUCUCUAAGUGAACAAGUGAAGUACGAAUUUUGCGCAACGAGUGUUGCUUGAUUACCGUGGCCAGGGUGUGGUGCUCUGAGGAGGAACUCGUCUCAUCUGAAAGAUUGUCCCAGAACUCA